AGUCGUCGUAGAUCGUCGAUCGUGUUGCGACUGUGAAAGUGUGAUUUUGAUUUUUGAUUAAUAGGAACUUAGCAACACCGGUUUACUUUUUAUAAUCAAUAACUUAUCCUCUAAUCUUUAUAGGCCACAAACCCUUCUGUGUACUAGAACUAUUGUUAUAUUAGGGCAUAUAAAUAUCGCAAUUUCAUUACAGUAGGAACCGCUUUAAGUUGACUUUCUUUGUCUAAAGACGCCUCAAUCAAGAUUGCAACAGCAGCCCUUGUCGGUAGAAAGUUCAAAGAUAACGCAACAUACGAUCAUUGACUGACCUGGCUUCUUGGAUUUUCUGACUAAUCAAGUUGGAUUUGGUUUAGUUUGACUAAAAUGUCGGACCAAUACGUCUUUGAAUUGUGUUAUAAACGACAAGGAAGGAGCCCUGAUGAAAAAGAAACUCAAUUCGUGAUAAUUGAUGGCUCUUCAAUGGCAGAUUUCUGCAGACUGAAGGAAGACUUGGGAAUGUGUAUGGCAGAGCCGUUUACAGUGCAGUACAUUGACGAUGAGAAUGAUGUUAUUUCAAUUGAUACAGAAGAGGAGUUUCAAGAGUUUGCAAAGAUAGCCAAGAAGCGUUGCUCUCGUGGAAUGCUUAUGCGGCUCAUCUUGAACUCGAACACACAAGCUCCCACACCACCAGAAGGAAGGAAGAAGGUGCAGUUCUCGAAUAGCCAGAGACAUGCAAACAGAGAGUCCUCCGCGAAGACGCCCAAAACAGUCUCUGAGAAACCCAUUCGGGACCCACAGGAUAUGCUGAAAUUCAAACAACAAUUCAUAGCAGAGGUGAAGAGAGAAAUUCUGUCUGAACUCAGAGGUGCAGAAGGAGCACAGGCUGGUUCAUCCAACAUCAACACAUAUGUGUUUAAAGCCAGCGGCAGCAGGGACAGUAGCCGAAUGGAAGUAGACUCCAAGGAAACAGAAUAUGAAGAAGAUUCUGAUUUUCUCUGUCCUCCAGAGAAGAACUCUAGGAAAACCAAGCUGAUGCAUCACAGCCAGAAGAAGCUUGAGAAGAAGGAUAAACUGAUCGAAUCAAAGAUCGAUCAGAGAUUGGAAAAACUAGAGAUGAAGAGGAAAAAACUGAUGGACAAGGUCAAUCAGAAGAUGACUCCGUCAAAGUUCCUGGGCUACCAAAUGUCCCAGCCAAUGAUCUUCAGCGCCAUCGCGACCCAGGAGACUACGAAGAUCGACCAGCCUGUGACUGCCUCGGAGAUGUUUUCUCACACCUGGACCAUCGUCAACGAUGGCACCGUGUCCCUGAACAAUGUUGCACUGCGUCACACUUACAGCUCUCCUGGGCUUGAGCCCAAGGAUCUUGUUCUCAAGUUGACUCCUUUGCAACCAAAUGAGACUUGCAACAUUGUGGCCAAGUUCAGGGCUCCAAAAACUCGAGGCAUUACGUUCAUCUCCUACUGGCAUUUAUUCCGUCUGGUUGACGCUCAGUGGCAAGAGUUUGGGCAUUAUGUCUCGGUAACUGGGACCACUGAAUCUUCUGUUGGAGAUACUGCAAGUAACGACCUGACAGUAACCAACAAAAAGCCCCUAGAGGAGAAUCCAAUCGAUAUGGUUGGAAUCGUGGAGGAGGAAACGAACGUAAGACUGAAACAGCAGAUGGAGCAACUGCAGGCAACCCUGGCGUCCACGGAGAUUGCGGCAGAGAUGGCACAGAAGGCGGCCAGACUUUUGGCACGAGCUGCAGAGAGCAACAAAGGCAAGUCUCAGAGCGGAGCCUCCACAACCACCACUCCCUCCACAUCUGCACCUCAGCCGGAGAGAAACUGCCAAAUACCGGCUAUCAACCGUGCAGAACUGUUGGCAUCGCUGACGCACGCACAAAACCGUCAACGAACUGAGAGCAGGACCAACGCUAGGCAGUGUGCUGUGCCCGUCUGCGACAGGCAGAAAUUGCUGAAACGCUUGAUGACACUUCAGGCAGAUACAGAUUUGGAGCAAGCAGCUGUCAAAGUGCAGCAGUUGAACCUGGUGGAGAGUGAGUCAGACACGGACACAAACAUGGAGACUGGUGAAGACACAGACCGUGGCUUUGUCAUGGUAAACAUGACCACAGAGCAGACUAGUCCUGAGGGGACCCAAGGUGAGCUUAAGGAGGAUAAUACAGCUGCUUCUGAGACUGUUAACCCUGAAGAAGCACAGCCAGAACCUCAGCGUACCCCUUUCGUACAAUCGCAGCAGCCGCAUUUGGGAUUUUGGCACCAGGUCCCACUAGGUUCAGAUUAUCCUAGACCUAUGUUCUAUCCCCUCCACGCGAGACCCCACAAUGUCUACAAUUCGCCAGUGUUUUCCGAAAUACCCCUUCGCCCUGCCAACAACCUAGGGGUUGUUUUCCCCCCUCCUAUGAACUAUCACAACACAUGGAUGCCUCCCCCGCCUGUACCUCUUCACCCAUUUGUUCCUCUUCCCCAAACAAUGACUCCUCUGGCCUCGCACCCCUUGCCAGUGACUCUGCAACCAGUCACACAAUCACCAGCUACUGCGCAAACCACUGUUACUCCGACUGAGGCUGCAGAUAUAACAGCACCAGAAAACGCAGAUAUAACAGCACCAGAAAACCCUGCUGCGACUGUGCCAACUACGGCUGAAGUUGAACAGGAGCAGCAGCAAGAACCUCAGACAGACGCUGCAACUCCCAAUCCAGAAGAGGAAACCCAAACCCAAGCCCAAACAUCCAACCCGGUCCAGAUCCUGCCUCAGUCGCUGGUGGAUGGGGCUAUCAACGUAGCCGCCACUGCCUACUCCACAGCCUGGAACGCCCUCAACAACCUUCGUCCAAAAGAGGGAGAAGCUGCGGAGUUUGACCCAGUGUUUGAGAACAACAUGGCUGUGUUGGUGGAGAUGGGGUUCAACAACCUUGAGCGCAAUGCCCGUCUUCUCAAGCGCUUCAACAAUGAUAUAAGCCAAGUGAUCGGAGUCAUCUGCUCCACUGGCGGGGGCCACGACUUGAACAUUGAUUAAGCAACAAUCCACGAUAUAUUUUAACACACAACGUAUUCUUUCAUGUAAUUUUAAGUAACAUAUAGUCCUAUUGUUUAAGUACUUGUAUAACUGAAGUUGUUUAUAAGAUUGUCUGUGGUGAUGGCGAUUUCCGAGUUAAUUAUUUUUCCAUUAGACAAACGCUUCUGUGGUCUUUAGUGAGUUUUAUGUGAUACUGGUUAAUGUUGUAAAACAUGGCUGUGGCGAGGAAUUUUGUCUUAGUGUUUUGUCACAUUUUUGGGGUAGAGAAUUGUUUCUAAAGUUAUGGGAUUAAGCUUUUGCAUUUACGUAGUGUCAAUGAUGUAAUUACCGUUUCCUCGCAUUACUUUUAUGGUUUAAGUCUGUGUAGCAUUUAUUUGUUCUCUUGGUUAAUUUCAUACCUCUGUUAUUUUUUCAGACUAUUAAUCACCUUAUUUAAUCCAAGGGCAUUAGUGUCACUCGUAUAAUUGGUGGAUUUGAAUACUAUUCAUCAAACUGAUAUAUUAUUCAGUUGUUAUCCAUUGUAUUGCAAUAUAUUGUUUGUGUUAAGUAGUUAAGAGUUUAGCUAGAGUUUAUCUAUAUAGGGUGUUUUUUUUUCUAUUUUAAUAUGUUAUCAAGUUAACUUUAAUUAUUAAAAUGUUUAGCUAUUCAACAUUGUAACUUGUUGUAAGAAUCAAAUAAUUUGCAAAUUAAAUAUUUUUUUAAAUUAGACCCAUUAUGCUUUGAAGAAAACAAUAUUUUUCCAAAAAGAUGUAAUGUUACAUACAAGAUGUUACUUAAGAGUUUUUAACCUUUAUUAAAAUAAAACGAAAUACUACAAAGGAUAUUAUGUAAAUAAAGCUUCAUUAUCAAAAAAAAUUUGGUCCUGCGUUCAAGUGUAUGCACAUGUAGCAUUUUAAUCAAGUGUAUAAAAUAAAACUGUUA